CUGCUUUGGUAACACCAAGGACGGUAAGGAGGAACACAACACAGGAAACCAAACAUUCAGAAGUGACUUCCUGUCUAAUAUGUCAAGAUAGAUAUUAACGUGGAUUUAGAUUUUCAGUCACAAUGUCAGAUAGUUUUACGAAGAUCGGCUUUGACCAUAAUUGGCCUGAGUCAGCUGUGUCCCUUACUCUAGAUUUGGGUCCAUUUGAAACUGUUCACAAAUGGAAACGCAUGCCAGACUGUGAUGAAUUUGUCGGUUUCAAACGGAGUAAGCACACUAUUGUAGCACACAAGGAAGCCAUCUAUGUUUUUGGGGGAGAUAAUGGAAAAAACAUGCUGAAUGAUUUACUUAGAUUUGAUGUAAAAGAGCAAUCUUGGGGAAGAGCAUUUUCUACGGGAACCCCUCCUGCACCACGCUAUCAUCACUCUGCCGUGGUACAUGAAUCAUCCAUGUUUGUCUUUGGUGGGUACACUGGGGAUAUCCACUCAAAUUCUAAUCUAACGAAUCGAAACGACUUGUUUGAGUAUCGUUUUCCCACUGGCCAGUGGGUUGAAUGGAAGUUCAUUGGAAAAACUCCCGUUCCUCGUUCUGCUCAUGGAGCAGCUGUUCAUGGCGGUAAACUUUGGAUAUUUGCAGGUUAUGAUGGAAAUGCUAGGCUAAAUGACAUGUGGACUAUCUCUUUGCUCCCUGGUGAGCCACGAACAUGGGAAGAAGUUGUUCAAAUUGGAGAAUGUCCCCCUACUUGCUGCAACUUUCCAGUUGCCGUGGCACGCGAUUCCAUGUUCGUGUUUAGCGGUCAAAGCGGAGCCAAAAUCACGAAUAAUCUCUUCCAGUUUCAGUUCAAGAGUAGAUGCUGGACACGUAUCACUACGGAUCACAUUUUGCGUUGUGCUCCUCCUCCACCUACUCGACGCUAUGGUCAUACCAUGGUGGCUUAUGACCGUCACUUGUACGUGUUUGGCGGAGCAGCUGAUAGUACUCUUCCAAACGAUCUACACUGCUUUGACUUGUGCACUCAAACUUGGUCAGUGAUUUCACCAUCUGCAGAUUCCCACCAGAUUCCUUCUGGUAGAUUGUUCCAUGCAGCUACCGUUGUCGGUGACGGAAUGUAUGUGUUUGGUGGCACAGUUGAUAAUAAUGUUAGAAGCGGAGAAAUGGUUCGGUUCCAAUUCUCAAGUUAUCCUAAGUGUACGCUUCACGAUGAUUUUGGUAAAUUGCUUGAGACGCGGCAAUUCUGCGACAUCGAAUUUGUUGUUGGUCCCGAUGAAAAUCCCGUUCGCAUACCUGCUCAUGUAGCCCUAGUUGCUGCACGGUCUCAGUGGCUCAGAACUCGAAUUCGUCAAGCCAAAGAGGCUCGCGACAAACAUUUAGAAAAGGUUUUUGGUUCCUCUUUCGUACCAUUCAAAGAUCUUCCACUACUAGAAGUUCGUUUAAAAGAUGCCGUUCCAGAAGCAUUUGAAAUGAUACUGAACUUCAUUUACACUGAUUCGAUUGAUCCUACAUUGAAAACGGGGAAGGAACCAGCAACUAGCAACCGUGUUGUGCUGCUCAUAAUGGAUGUUUACAGACUCGCUGUUCAGUUUCAUAUGCGACGACUGGAGCAGUUGAGUGUACAAUAUCUAGAAUCGAUUAUCAAUCACCGUAACGUUUUGGCAGCAUUAGCUAAUGCGACAACCCUUCGUUUAUAUUUUAUCAAAGAAUUCUGUCUACGCUUCGUUGUCAAGGAAUCAAACUACAAUGCGAUCGUUAUGAGCAACGAGUUUGAAACGUUAGAUCAACCUCUCAUGGUUGAAAUAAUUCGGCGUAGACAAGUGCCACACGUUCGGGUUCCAGUUGAACCUCAGUUUGAUAACACAGGCACAAAUCUUGAACAAGACAUGGAAAUGUUUGUUCGUUCAAUAGGAAAGGACUUUUGUGACGUUACAUUAGUCUUAGAAGGGACAUCCAUUCCAGCGCAUAAAGCAAUCCUCGCAGCGCGAUGUUCUUACUUUGAAGCCAUGUUUCGAUCUUUCAUGCCUGAAGACUCUACGGUGAACAUUGCAAUAGGAGAAAUGAUUCCCUCCAGGCAAUCGUUCGAUUCUCUUAUUCGCUACAUUUACCACGGAGACGUAAACAUGCCUCCAGAAGACUCUUUGUACUUGUUCAGUGCUCCGUUUUUCUACGGUUUUACCAACAACAGGAUGCAGGCAUUCUGUAAACAAAAUCUCGAGAUGAAUGUCACGUUUGAGAAUGUGAUACAAAUCCUCGAAGCAGCCGACCGCAUCCAGGCAAUUGAUAUGAAGAAAUACGCUUUGAAUCUUAUUGUUCAUCACUUUCCAAAAGUGGCAAGAAUGCCUCGAAUUCGCAGUUUAAGUCGAGAGUUGUUACUUGACGUUUUAGAAGCUUUAGCUGACGAUAUGAGUGACUCAAAGCUUCAGGAUCUAUCGUGCACCAGUCUGAAUAGCGAUGCCUGAGAGUGUAACGUUCAUUCCUAGGUUGAAAUUCGGGACAGCCCAAUGACAUUCGUGCAAAAGUUGAUGUUAAAGUUUUAUCAUAAUUUAUCACUACCUGUCUUACGCUUACACCAAAGUACCCUUCAAUAUAAUCGCGCAGCACGGAA